AUGGACCCAAAUAACUCGACCAACACUCUCACCCCAUCGAUCUACGCCCUCCUUCUCGUCCUUGUCGCCCUCAUUUGGGCCUCAGUGGAUGUCAUCACAGAGACGUUCUCGUCUCUUCGGAAGUUGCCUGGCCCAUUCGAGGCUCGCCUUUCAAGACUCUGGUACUUUCGACAAGUGAGAGACGGAAAUUUUCACCAUCGCAACAUUGAACUCCACGAAAAAUACGUGCGAAUUGCUCCGAAGCAAUAUAGUAUCAACGAUCCGAUCGUGAUUAAGACGAUUUACGGUAUUGGAAAGGGGUUUCCCAAGUCCGCAUGGUACGAAGCUUCAAGUCCAACUGGUGUUCCUUGGCAAGACCUAUUUACGGAUCGGGAUGGCGCACGUCACGCCGCACAUCGGCGUCUCGUAGCAAAUCUUUACUCUGUCACCUCCCUUAGAGCAAUGGAGCCCGACGUCGAAGACUGCUUGAGAGUUUAUGUGGGGCGACUUGAAGACUUCAGUAAGACUCAAAAUCCCAUCGACCUUCAGUUUUGGAUGCAAUGUUAUGCAUUUGAUGUCAUCAGUCAAAUUACGCUUGGACAAAGAUUUGGCUGCCUGGAUACAGGAAGCGAUCGACUUGGGAUCUUCGCUGGUCAACACGUCUACCUCAAGUACUGCGCCAUGGUUGGGAUAGAACACGAGCUUCACGGACCUCUCACCUGGUUGCUGUCCAAGCUUCCUCCAGGAAAGUUGAUGAACGCGGUCAACUUCACCGCUGAACAGCUGGACAAAGGUAGGAGCCAGUUUGAAAUGGAGAAGGGGAGCCCAGAGAGACAGGACUUCAUGUCCAAGCUUUUCCGUUUGCACCACGACAAUCCCGGAAAAUUCCCAGAAAAUGCCGUCUUCACGACAUGCAUGACCAACAUUGGAGCUGGUUCUGAUACAACCUCUAUAUCUCUUUGCGCUGUCAUCCAUGAUCUUGCGUCCCACCCGAAAGUCCUUCACAGGCUUCGCGAAGAUAUCGAUGCAAAGUUUGCAGAGCUAGAAAACCCUGAAUUCAUCCCUUUCAGAGAUGCCCAAGCUAUUAGCUAUCUUCAGGCUUGUAUCAAAGAGUCACUCAGACUACAUCCAGCGACAGGCCUUCCGCUGGCCCGUAUAGUCCCAAAAGGUGGCGUAAAUCUUCUUGGAAGAGAUUUUACCGAGGGUUGCGUUGUCGGCGUCAAUACCUGGGUCUUACACCGGAACCGGGAUAUCUUUGGUGCUGAUGCCAAUGAGUACCGCCCUGACAGGUGGCUCGGCCAGGACAGAGAACACAUUUCUCUCAUGGAAUCAAACUGGAUACCAUUUGGAAUUGGUUCUCGUACUUGCAUUGGGAAAAACAUCAGCUUGCUAGAAAUUAACAAGCUUGUGCCCACCCUGGUCAAGACUUUUGACUUCACGCCUUUGGAACCGGAACGGAUAAGACAUGAGAACUACUGGUUGGUUAAGCAGGUUGACAUGUUAUGCAAAGUUUCACCCAGGAGCAGCAAUUAGGAGAUUUCCAUUCGCAAAGAAGAGGAUGGAUGCAGCGUAUACAUACUCAUUGUGGGGCUCAAAUCUAAUGCUGAAAAUUCACUUAGGCUACAACAUCCUUCAAGCCAAUUCUACACGUGCAUUGUUUU